UGGCGACCCACUCACCACUCGUGAGCUCAACUUGAGCUAGCUAGAAUAUUCUAGCGCUUUCACAUGUCUGUGUUUAUAACAGGGGACACGCUCAUCUGCUGUUAGUUGGAAGUUAACCUCAUUGCCUUAUUUGUGUUACAGAACACCGGGACUCUUUCAAGCUACUAAAGUCAUGUCAGAACAGAACAGAAACAGGCGAUACCCCCAGAACCUUCAGGGGGUCUUACAGCUGGCGGUGGAGGCUGGAUCAGCUGCUGAGGGUCCAGCUCCUGUGGAGCCCAUGUCUGAGGAGAGGAAGACAUGGCUGAGAGAAGCUCUGUCAGAUAUCUGCAAAGGUCAGAUGGAUGAAGUGGAGCAGAUGAAGCAGAGCCUCGCUGUCCUACAGAAAGACGAACCAAAGGGAUCAGAGCCAGAUGGAGAGGAAGACAGGGAGGAAGAGGAGGAAGAUGAGCGGGAAUCAGCCUUUGAGGUGUUGUCUGAGCUGUGUGAGAACCUGGACAAUGCCAGAGAUCUGAUGGUUCUUGGUGGACUGGAGCUGUGUGUCUCCAGGUAUCUUCUUCAUGUUAAGAGUGGGCUGAGGUGGAGGGCUGCUCAGCUCCUCGCCUCUUGUGCUCAGAACAUGCCCCAAGUCCAGGAAUACCUGCUUAAAAUUGACGUGCUUCCAAAGCUGCUGCAGCUGACAGAUUCAGACCCCAAUCCCAGCGUCAGAGUGAAAGCACUUUAUGCCGUCUCAUGUUUGGUACGAGAGCAGGAAGCUGGACUGCAGGUGUUUGUUGCUAAUGACGGUUUCUCAGUGCUGAUGAGAGGUAUGCAGUCUGAAAAUGAGAAAGUCAGAACCAAGUCUGCUUUCCUUCUGCUCAGCCUGCUGACCUCAAACCCAGAGCAUAAAGAAACAGUUGUAUCGAUGGGGAUGGUGCAGCAGCUAGUGUCUGUUCUCCGCACCCCACAUUCGUCUUUCCACGAGCACGUGCUUGGUGCUCUCUGCUGUUUAGUAGAGGACUUUCCACAAGGGCUUGAAGACUGCAGGAACCCGGCUUUGGGUCUGGAGGAAUUACUAAAGCGGCGAACCAAAGAGCUCCAAGGAAAAGAAGAAAGUCAGGAAGAACUGGAUUUCUGUGAGCAUUUGAGAGUUCUGUGCUUCAGCGUGCAGCAGACAGAUGAUGUAGGGAUGGACCGCUGAGGCUGUUUGGAAGAAAAGCAGAACAUCCAUGAGCUGACUCAUGGAUGCGGAGCAACAGUUUAUGUCUGUUACGACAGUUGCUGUGGAUAUUUUGCAUGUAAUCCAACUGUUGGAUUGUACUGUGUAAAUAACUACUCUGUAUAAAGUGUCUGUUAAACUCUGGCGCUCUUUCACCUCUGCGUUUGGUUGUUGUUUUUAUCCUCAUAUAUCACCAAAGUUUCCCAUCAUUAUUUUUAUUUU